UUCCUAUUUCACACCCCCUUCAUCCUCCCUUCUUCCCCCUCUCCCUCCCGUGUGCCAUUCCUCUCAUCACUCUGUCUUUCUGUGACCUCUCCAUCAUCCAUCCACCUUCUUCUGUUAUUGUUCCCUGUACCUCCUGUGUCCUGCUGGUCGCACUCUCUACCAGUUGUGUGUGUGCCAUCUAUUGUAUGUCUGUGUCGGUGAGAAUCCCGCUACAGCGGCGGCGCUCUCUGGGUCCCGUCUCGCCUAAACGCGUCUACAGGAACCUGUCGGUUAGGUUGAGGGGCGGAGAGUCCUCUGUUGCCGGGGAGACAGGCAUGCCGAAACAUCCAUGCAAGGCCACACCCACAUAUAAGAACCUGUGGGAGGCAGUGGAGAAUGAGGACACCCUGGCGGUGCAGAGCCUGCUAUUCAGGGACAGAGUGUGUGGCGGAGGAGGAGGAUGGGAUACAGGGGAGAAGAAAGAGAAGGAUUGGGAAAGAGAGAGGGAAAAAGGUGUAAACAGAGUGAGUGAGCAGGGCCUGGUACCUCUGGACGUGGCUGCUCUAACCCAGAACUCCCCUCUGCUGCACGUCUUGACAAAGGCAGGAGCCAGACACAACCCCGUCUGUGAGUCUUACACAGUGACGUACAUUGAAUCAGUGCAAUCAAGAGAUGGCAAGUAACAGUUGUACACAUUUUU